AUGAAGCUUCUCACCAUCUCGGCCGUGGCUUACUUGGCUGCGCAGGCUGCAGGUGCUGCGAUCAGUCAUAAGUUUGAUGGGUUUUCAAUCCGGGAACAUCCGGAUCCUGUCAAACGAGCUCAGCUGCAGAAAUAUGUGACGUGGGAUGAACACUCACUAUUCAUUAAUGGCGAGCGAUUGAUGAUCUUCAGUGGUGAAGUUCAUCCAUACCGAUUGCCUGUUCCUUCUCUCUGGAUUGAUAUCUUCCAGAAGGUCAAGGCCUUGGGCUUCAACUGUGUCUCAUUCUAUGUUGACUGGGCCUUGCUAGAGGGCAAACCGGGCCAUUACACCGCCGAGGGAAUUUUCGAUCUCGAGAAGUUUUUUGAUGCAGCCAAAGAGGCUGGUAUCUACCUGUUGGCCCGCCCUGGCCCUUAUAUCAAUGCGGAGGUUUCUGGUGGUGGUUUUCCAGGCUGGCUGCAACGGGUCAAUGCUACCCUGCGGACUAGUGAAGAAGCUUACUUGAAAUCUACUGAUAACUAUGUGGCCAACGUUGCUGCAACCAUUGCAAAAGGCCAAAUUACCAAUGGUGGACCCAUCAUUCUCUACCAGCCCGAGAAUGAAUAUUCUGGUGCUUGCUGCGGUGUGGACAACUUCCCUGAUGGGGCCUACAUGCAGUACGUUGAAGACCAGGCUCGUAAUGCCGGUGUUGUGGUCCCUUUCAUCAGCAAUGACGCCGGUGCUGAAGGCCACAAUGCGCCAGGCACGGGUACGGGAGCUGUCGACAUUUAUGGCCACGACAGCUAUCCUCUUGGGUUUGACUGUGCCAACCCUGCAACUUGGCCAAGUGGAUACCUCCCUACCAAUUUCCGCACUCUUCAUGAGGAACAGAGCCCAAAUACUCCGUAUUCAUUGGUUGAGUUCCAAGGAGGAGCCUUCGACCCUUGGGGAGGAAAUGGCUUCGAUGCUUGCGCGCACCUUUUGAACCACGAGUUUGAGAGAGUUUUCUACAAGAACGACUUCAGUUUCGGGGUGGCUUUUCUGAACUUGUAUAUGAUUUUCGGCGGUACCAACUGGGGCAACCUGGGUCACCCUGGCGGAUAUACCUCCUACGACUAUGGAUCAGCUAUCACCGAAUCUCGCAAUAUUACCCGUGAGAAAUAUAGCGAGCUAAAACUGCUUGGUAAUUUUGCCAAGGUGUCUCCUUCUUACCUUCUAACCACACCUGGUAGUCUAACUACCUCAACAUAUACUACAAAUUCGGACCUGGCUGUGACUCCUCUCUUGGGAAGCAAUAGCUCAGUCUCUUCGUACUUUGUGAUCCGCCAUUCCGAUUAUUCAAGCGAAGACUCGGCCACCUACAAGCUGAAUCUUCCCACCAGUGCUGGCCAACUCACUAUCCCCCAGCUGGGAGGCAGCCUCACUCUUAGUGGCCGUGACUCUAAGAUCCAUGUUGUUGACUACGAUGUGGCUGGUACCAACAUUCUUUACUCGACCGCCGAGGUCUUCACGUGGAAGAAGUUUGCGGACGAGAAGGUUCUUGUCUUGUAUGGUGGUCCCGGGGAACACCACGAGCUUGCUGUCUCUCGUGGAUCAAGCAGCUCUGUCAUCGAAGGGCCAUCAUCCGGCAUCUCGUCUAAGAAAGUAGGCAACGCAAUUGUCAUUGGCUGGGAUGUCUCGACUACUCGUCGCAUCGUCAAGGUUGGGGAUCUGAAGAUCUUGCUUCUUGAUCGUAAUUCGGCCUAUAAUUACUGGACACCAGAGGUCUCCACAGACGGCACUACUACUCCUGGUUUCAGCUCCGAAAAGACUACUGCUUCUUCUAUCAUUGUGAAGGCAGGUUAUCUUGUACGAAAUGCAUACCUCAAGGGUAGCGACCUUCACAUCCAGGCCGAUUUCAACGCUACUACUUCCGUUGAGGUGAUCGGUGCUCCGUCCGCUGCGAAGAACCUGUUCAUCAAUGGAGACAAAACAAAGUCCACUAUUGAUAAGAAUGGAAUCUGGUCGGCUAGUAUCAAGUAUACUGCACCAAAGAUCUCACUCCCAAGCUUGAAGGGCUUGAAAUGGAAGUCCAUUGAUACGCUUCCCGAAAUCAAGAAUACAUAUGACGACUCUGCCUGGACUAAAGCCAACCAACCCUAUACCAAAAACAGUGUGAACUCGCUCAGGACACCCACCUCACUAUUCUCCUCAGACUAUGGCUUCCAUACUGGCACUCUUAUUUACAGAGGUCACUUUACCGCCAAUGGCAAGGAGGACUCAUUCUCCAUCGAGACCCAAGGCGGUACUGCUUUCGGUAGCUCGGUUUGGAUCGAUGAGACAUAUGUUGGUUCCUGGAGCGGAAUCAGCAUUGAUAGCGACUACAAUGCCACCUAUACACUGCCCACUUUGCAGUCCGGCAAGAGCUACGUUAUCACUGUGGUCAUUGACAACAUGGGCCUGGACGAGGACUGGACCGUGGGCUCCGAGGAGAUGAAGGAUCCCCGCGGCAUCCUCUCCUACACGCUAUCCGGCCAUGACGCUAGCGCCGUUUCUUGGAAGCUUACCGGUAACCUGGGCGGUGAGGACUAUCAGGACAGCGUUCGUGGUCCGCUGAACGAGGGCGGCUUAUACGCUGAGCGUCAAGGCUUCCACCAGCCGCAGCCUCCAGCCCAAAAAUGGGACUCGAGCAGCCCUUUCACUGGUCUUUCCAAGCCAGGUAUCCGCUUCUAUAGCGCAAGCUUUGACCUUGACCUGCCCCAGGGUUGGGAUGUCCCUCUGUUCUUUACUUUCGGGAACAGCACCUCGCCACCGUCGGCAUACCGGGUCCAGCUGUACGUCAAUGGAUACCAAUAUGGCAAGUACGUGAACAACAUUGGUCCGCAGUCGGCCUACCCCGUGCCUGAGGGCAUUCUGAAUUAUCAGGGCACUAACUGGCUGGCGCUGAGUUUGUGGGCCCUGGAGGAAGAUGGCGCUAAGGUGGAGGACCUGGAGUUGAUCAAUACGACUCCCGUUCUGACUUCUUUGGGCGAUGUCGAGUCGGUUGACCAGCCCAAAUACAAGGCGCGUCGUGGCGCAUAUUAA